GCGAAUACCAGUACGGCGAUCGUUCUGUUUGGCCCAGAUUCUUCUCGCGCGCUUAAUGGCCAGACCAGAUACAUAUAGUUCUAUGGGUACAAUUUGAAGAUCUUUCCAGUGAAGUCCUGGAGCUCAAUGGUGUCUGUCUUAUGGUCUCCACAUUAUUGGAGAUUGAGCCUUCGGUACAGGAUGAGGUCGCUGUAAACAUGAUUUGGCCAUAUAAGUAUAGGACGGUCGAUAUGCAAACCAACAGUCUGCUGAGUCCCAUAUUCAUAUCGCAACCAUCUACGCGAUGGGAAAUGAAUCAAUUCGAGUGGUCGAAUACUAGUUGGCCAGUGCAAGUAUAUCAUGUCAUUGGUAGGCCUGAAUCUCACCUACAAUCCAAAUACGGCGGCUCUCUUCCGAUUUCCAAUUUCACUUUGAGACCGGAUGAACUAGAACUGGCGGUUGCGAAAGCAGCUGCACAACUCAUCUGGUUAGGUAAGGCAUCGCCCCGUUUUCUCUCAUUCUGUGUCACAUGCUUGGCGGGACAAUUGGGCACAUCCAAUGGAGCAAUUCAGCGUGGCAAUGGGACAGCCUAUGUCAACGAGGAGUUCAUUGCGCUACGCCUCAACAUUAACCUUCUUCCUUUGACUUUCGCUGUAUCUGCAUCGGUGAUCAUGCUGGGACUGGCGCUACAAACGACAAGAGCAUUUGAUGCAUCACACGACAGUCAGGCUGUUAUUCCAAACAUAGGUUCUUGUGGUUGGGUCAUGGAAGAUGUGCAUCAUCCGAUAGAGGCCAACCUGCGGAGAGCUGGGGAGUUCAACUACUAGCGAUGGUGUCGACCACCGUCGUGAUAAUCGGAUGUAACUUGGGUUGGAGAAUAG